CUGUUGUUAAAAGUGAUGCCUGUAUUUUCAGUUGUUAAGUGUUUGCCGGUGACAGAACCCGAGAAUGGAAGAAUUGUAAGCGGUGCAGCGGAACCAGACCAGGAAUAUUAUUUUGGACAGGUGGUGCGCUUUGAAUGCAACACAGGCUUCAAGGUUGAAGGACAGAAGGAAAUACACUGCUCCGAAAAUGGCCUCUGGAGCAGUGAGAAGCCAAGAUGUGUGGAAAUUUCCUGCACACGACCAGAAAUUAAAAAUGGAAAUGGUAUAUCUAAUAAACCAGUUUACAAGGUGAAUGAAAGGUAUCAAUAUAAAUGUGACCGAGGUUUUCAGUUCAAAGAAAGGGAUACCGUCUGCACAGCUUCCGGAUGGAAUCCUCAGCCUUCCUGUGAAGAAAUGACAUGCAAACCUCCUUAUAUUCCAAAUGGUAUUUCACCUCAGAGGAUCAAACACAGAGCUGAUGAUGAAAUCACAUAUGGAUGUAAAGAGGGCUUCUAUCCUGCAACCCGGGAAACAGUCGUAAAGUGUACAAGUACUGGCUGGAUUCCUGCUCCAAGAUGUGGCUUGAAACCUUGUGAUUUUCCACAAAUCAAAAAUGGAGGUCUAUAUGAUGAAUGGAACCGCAGACACUACUUCCCAGUACCUAUAGGAAAGAAGUAUGACUAUUACUGCCACAGAGGUUUUGAGACUCCAUCGGGGUACCACUGGGACUACAUUCACUGCACUGUACGAGGGUGGGAGCCUGCAGUUCCGUGUCUCAAGCAAUGUGGUUUCCAGUAUGUGGAGAAUGGGAAUUAUUUACAAUGGAAAGGAAACUAUAUACAGGACCAGUCUGUAACAGUCAAGUGUUACCCUGGCUACAGUCUUCCAAAUGGUCAAGAUACAGUUACAUGUACAGAGAACGGCUGGUCUCCUCAACCUAAAUGCAUCCGUGUCAAGACAUGUUCAAAGUACGAUAUAGAGAUUGAGAAUGGGUUUCUUUCUGAAUCUGAUCAUACAUAUGCUCUAAAUAGAAAAACACACUAUAGGUGCAAACAGGGAUAUGUAACAACAAAUGGAGAAACAUCAGGAACAAUUACCUGCCUCCAAAAUGGAUGGUCAGCUCAACCCUCAUGCAUCAAGUCUUGUGAUAGGCCUAUAUUUGAGAAUGCUGGAACUAAAAAUAAUAGCACAUGGUUUAAACUCAAUGAUAAAUUAGACUAUGAAUGCCAUAUUGGAUAUGAAAACAAGUAUAAACAUACCAAGGGCUCCAUAAAAUGUACAUAUGAUGGAUGGUCUGACAUACCUUCAUGCUAUGAAAGAGAAUGCAGCAUCCCCUUACUAUCACCACACUUAUUCGUCAAUCCCAGGAAUGACAAAUAUAAAGUUGGAGAUUUGUUAAAAUUUUCUUGCCAACAAGGACACAGAGUUGGACCAGAUUCAGUGCAAUGCUACCACUUUGGAUGGUCUCCUAGUUUCCCAACAUGUAAAGUAGAUAAAGUAGGACCAUGUGACCAACCUCCUGAACUCCUCAAUGGGGAAGCUAAGGGAACAAAGAAAGAAGAAUAUGGCCAUGAUGAAGUGGUGAAAUAUGAUUGCAAGCCUGGAUUUCUCUAAGGACCCAGUAAGAUCCAGUGUGUUGAUGGGAACUGGACAACAUUGCCGAUGUGUGUUGAGGAGGAGAGUACAUGUGGAGACAUUCCUGAAAUUGAGCAUGGCUCUGUCCAGUUUUUUGUCCCUCCUUACCAUCAUGGAGAUUCAGUGGAGUUCAACUGCACAGAAAACUUCACAAUGAUUGGACAUAUGUCAGUUUCAUGCAUGAGAGGAAGGUGGACCCAGCUUCCUCAGUGUGUUGCAACAGAUCAACUGGAGAAGUGUAAAGCACCAAAGGUAACUGGUGUGGACAGAAUUCAAUCCAAUAAGAAAGAAUUUCAUCAUAAUGUUAGCUUGGGUUACAAAUGUAGAGGAAAGAAGGAGUAUAAACACUCAACCUGCAUCAAUGGAAGGUGGGAUCCUGAGCCAACCUGUAGCGAGGAAGAAUCCUGCCCUCCUCCACCACAGAUUCCAAAUGCCCAAGUGAUGAAAACCACAGUGAAAUACAAGGAUGGAGAAAAAGUAUCUGUUCUUUGUCAAGACAAUUACAUAAUACAGGACACAGAAGAAAUGGUGUGCAGAGAUGGAAGGUGGCAGUCAUUACCACGAUGCAUUGUGAAAAUUCCAUGUUCCCAGCCCCCUGAGAUAGACCACGGAUCUAUUAAAUUACCCGGAGUGUCAGAAGAAAGGAGAGACAGAGUGGAGUCCAGAAUUCAUGAACACGGCACUACACUCAGCUAUGUUUGUGAGGAUGGAUUUAGAAUGGCUGAGGAACACGGGGUAACCUGCAACAUGGGAAAGUGGAGUGCUCCACCUCGUUGUGUCGGACUUCCUUGUGGACCUCCACCUUCAAUCCAGCAUGGUAUUGUGUCUCAUGAACUAGACAGUUACCAACAUGGAGAAGAGGUGACAUACAGUUGUGCUGAAGGCUUUGGAAUUGAUGGACCAGCAUUGAUUAAAUGCUUAGGAGGAAAGUGGUCCCAGCCACCUACUUGCAUGGUAACAGAUUGUGACAAUUUGCCCAGGUUUGAAAAUGCCAUACCCCAAGAAGAGGAAAAAUAUUCAUAUAGGUCAGGUGAACAAGUGACAUUCACAUGUGCACCUUCUUAUCAUAUGAAUGGGUCCAACACUGUGACAUGUGUUAAUCGCGAAUGGAUUGGAGAGGUGGUAUGCAAAGACAAUUCUUGUGUGGAUCCACCACUUGUGAAAAAUGCUACCAUAGUAACAAGGCCCAUGGAUAAAUAUCCACCCAAUGCAAAAGUACGGUAUGAAUGUAAUAAAUCUUUUGAACUAUUUGGGGAAGUAGAAGUGAUGUGUCAAAAUGGGGUUUGGACAGAGCCACCAAAAUGCAAAGAUUCAACAGGGAAAUGUGGGCCUCCUCCACCUAUUGACAAUGGAGACAUCACCUCCUUCCCAUUGCCAGUAUACGCACCAUUAUCAUCAGUUGAAUAUCAGUGCCAGUCCUUGUACCAACUGCAGGGCAACAAGAAAAUAACAUGUAGAAAUGGAGAGUGGUCAGAGCCACCAAAAUGUUUACAUGCAUGUGUAAUACUAGAAGAAAUCAUGGAAAGACAUAACAUAACUUUAAGAUGGAAAGAAAGGCAAAAGCUAUAUUCUGCAUCAGGGGAUGAUGUUGAAUUCCAGUGUAAAUAUGGAUAUAAACAGAUAAAAAAUUCACCUCCAUUACGUACAAAGUGCGUUGAUGGUCACAUCAAUUAUCCCAGCUGCUCAAAAUCACGUUCUUGGUUUAGCGGAUGAAUGAAUCUUUGUUUGGAAAUGUGCAUGAAUAUUAAUAAUAUAGUUUCAAAAAUUUAUGUUUGAAGCAUUGUUUGACUCAUUUCUUCUUAUGAGUAUAAACUUGUAUUGAUAUAUGGUGAAAAAAUUGGAGCCUGAGAGAACACUGCCUCAAAUGCAAAGUAGUGCACUCAAAACUCCUAAUGCAGAAUGGGCUGUGCUAGCACAAUAAUCAAUGCUAAUAAAAUAUAUGCAAUCACUUCAGUGUCUGUUUCUAUCCACCACUUUUCAAAUCUCUCCAAUCUUCCUUAACACAUUUUGAUCUAAGACUCUAAUUAUUGAUGGACAAAAGUCAUAUUGUUUCAUCUUCAAAUUGGUAUUUAUCUCACAAAUAUGUAAUAAUCAAACUGUCAUACUUAAUAUUACCAAUGAAUAUAAAUAAUUGCUAAAUACUACUUUGUUUUAAUAAACAAAUCUAAGAAACA